AUGCCUUCUAUCGGAGCCACUCUUUUCUCUCCCUCGAGGGCUCAGAGCAACACCACAACCACAUCCCGUCGCAUGCCGCUUAGCAACGUCCCUGUUUUCAACGAAGACAGCGCCAUUCAUGAGGAGCAGCAGCUUUUCGGUAGCGACGACUUCGCCAUCUUCUGUGAUGAGGAAGACAGCGCCACGCCCGAGGAGCAACAACCUUUCAGCAACGACGACUUCACCAUCUUCUGUGAUGAGUCCGAAGAGAAGUUCCGUCCAGCCAAUGGUUAUAUCAACAUCGGCUUCGAAGAUGGAUCGAGGUACACAAUCCCAGAACUGCAAGGCACCGUCGGCGUCCUCCAGGAGCGACACCCCAACAUCAUGGGUAGAGCAAUCGACCACAACAGACACUACGGUCGACUACCCGCUACCGUCACUCAAGAGUAUGCGUCUGCCAACAGGGAAGUCUCUGACGCCCUUCAUUAUCUCCAUCCAAACCCCGAACAGGGUGCUCCAGGCCGACACCUCACUCCCGAGCAAGUCGAACGCUCGGCUCGCAUGCUCUCACUGGACACCGCCAUCGACCAACUUCACGAUCCCCUCAUAUACGAAGACCGACAGGUUCUUCGUCGUAUCGUGCGGCUGCUGGACAUUCGCCGCCAAGAGCUCUUGAGGUACAAAAUCAGCGUCGACGAGAACAUGCCGGAGGUUGAGCUGCCACAGACUGUCGACGACAUUGAAGACCUAGCGGUCCAAGCCAGCGUCAGCUUCGACUACCCGUUCGUUCUCCACGCUAUAGAAGCCAUCGAUACUCUUGCUCAGAGCGUCUGGUUCUAUAGCGACGAGGAACAGAAGUCGAACAAGGAGAACAUUCCUCCUGAGCUUAUGAACUAA